GAUCCUGCGACUGACGCAUGUGCGAAAGGUCGGCCGGCCGAGCGAGGAUGGAGGCGGGAGGCUGUCGUCAGGGUGAUGGGAUGAGACAAACAUCGGAUAUUUGGUACAAUCAUAAAAUGUACUCCAGAUUUUGGCAGCAUUAUCAGCUAGCUAUGGGAUGGCUGCAGAAACAUAGACGGGCUUAUCGCAAGGCAGUGGAAUCACUUGAGUAUUCUCCCUGGUAUAAUGCAGAACCAGCAGCAACUCGCUUUGCUGACUGGCAGAAUGGAUCCUCGUGCUACUCUUCAGGAUAUACUUGGCACAGUGAGCGCAGCCAAAGCAGGCAAUGGCAGUAUCCACACGGUUCAGAGAUCGAAGUCGAAGAUUUGGACAAUGAAGCCAAUUUGAAUGUUGACAAAGAAGGGGAAACAGACUCAGAUAGUGAAAUAGAAUGUGAUGUCAGCAAUGUGGAAAUAACGGAAGAAUUACGCCAGUACUUCAGACAGACAGAAAAACAUCAAGAGGAGUUAAAGCGACAGCAGCAGUACGAUGAUGAACAGCAGGCCAAGUAUGUAUUGGCUGACCGUGAUUUUCACAGCACGACGGGGAGAACAAUUCAGCCACCUGCAGAAAGACCUGGGGAAAGGAGACUGGUUGAAAUGAAGAGACUGUAUGGAGAUGAAGCUACUAAAAUCCAAGGAAUGGAAACUGCAAUGCAACUCUUGUUUGAUAGAAAGUGUGAUAAGAAGCAGCCAAAGUAUUGGCCUGUAAUUCCACUGAAGCUUUGAUCGCGGUCCCUUAUCCUAUGAAACUGACUGAUAUUGCUGAUUAGUGUUAAUUUUUUUAGCAUUAUGUAUUUUCUUUAUGUCUGUUACGUUUUAAUAAACAUAAAAAUUUUUACCAUCA